AUUUCUCUCUGCGCUCCCAGUCCAUCCUUUUCCUCCUCGAUCGGUGUGCGUGGCAGUCACCCUUCCCACCCCUGCGUUAUGGAACUUGGGAGGCGGCGCUCGCCGCUGGGCAGGGCGGAGAUGAAACCCGCCUGAAUUCCGUGCCUUCCCUCCCGUCUCUCCGUACCGAAAUUGAAUGGAGAAGCACCCCUUUCUCCCAGCUCCAGCCGUUUUUCUUCUCGCGGGGCCUCCAAGCACGCCUCAGUGAAGUCUCCACAUCGCUCCAUCGCCUUCAGAGUACAAAGACGGUCAAGGCGCUCAGCUUAGCAUGUCGUCCUCUGCGGCCAAACAAAGGAGCAGCAAGAACAGCGGCAACCCCGCUUCUUCCGAAAAGGGGGCCCAUUCCAACCAACUCGAUGACGUGGCGAAGAAGCCGCCGCCGCCGCCUCCUCCUCCUCCCCAGGCCCACUCGAAAGGCAGCAAAGGGGGCUCUCCGCUUUCUGGCGGGGGCAAAGCUGCGUCGUCCUGCAGCUGCGGCGCCAUCCUGAACUUUCUCCUGUCCGUGACUUUCUUGGCAGCCGCUGCGGCCUCGGGCUAUUACGUCCACUACCUUUUGGGGGAAGUCAGUCAGAUCAGCCAGAGGCAGGAAAGCUUCAACAAGCAGCGGGAAGAGCUGACCCGCUCCAUGGAAGGCGCCGUGCAAAAGAUACAGUCUAUACACUCUGCUUGUGUUGGCUUUGAAUUGGCAUUGAAAAAUGCUCAGCAAAAACAAGACAUCACCGAGAAGAUUGUUAAGCAAGGGGAGAGUGAGAUCAGUCGCAUUAGUGAAGUUCUCCAGAAAUUACAAAAUGAAAUUCUUAAAGAUUUGUCUGAUGGUAUUCAUGUUGUAAAAGAUGCCAGAGAAAGAGACUUCACAUCACUAGAAAACACUGUGGAAGAAAGGCUGACAGAGCUAACAAGAUCUAUAAACGAUAAUAUUGCUGAAUUCACACUUAUCCAGAAACAGAGCCAAGAUGAAAUCAAUGAAGUUAAAAAAAAGAUGGCUUCACUUGGUGAAACAGAAACAUACAAACAUGACUUUCAGGUCUUGAAAGACACAGUUGAUGAGAUGCAGAGGGCCUUGAAAGCCAAAGCGAAGACUAUAGAAACUUUGCAGAGUACCAUAGAUUUAAUGGAAUCUGAUGUUCUGUCUGAAGUUAAAGCACUUGUCAAUCUCAAACAGGAACAUGAGAAGUUUAAAGAAGUAGCUGAUACAGAGCACCUUUCAUUACAGACUUUAGAAGAGAAAGUUCUUAAAGCAGAAGAAUCUCUUUCUCAUCUUCCAUUGGAGCUGAAGAAACUCAGUGAUGAUUUGAUGCACAUCAAGUCUUUCGGUGGUAUUCAAGAAGGCUAUGCGUUCUCCAAAGAUGACAUAGAAAGUCUGCAGAAGAGCAAUAAAGAAUUGGAAUCCAGGCUUGGGCCCAUAGAAGAGAAUGUUGAAGCUUUGACAUCAUCAUUUGCCCAGAACACUGAAGGAACAGAAUCUUUCAUUUUCAAAUAUGGCACUAAGCUAGCUGCAUUAGAAGAAGGUCUAGGUUCUGUCCAGAGUACUAUAGAAAAUGAUGUACGCUCAUUGACCGAUACUGUGAGGAGUCUUGGGGAAGCACAGCUCUCAAUCUACAGUGAUGUUGAUGAACUAAGGAGAAGUCUGAAUGAUCUACCAAAUAAUGCUGAUGCUCUUGGUCAUAUCCAGAAACAAGUUCUUGCUUUGCUGGGCCAAGAAAAGUCUUCAGUGAAUGUAGGGCAGUCUGGAGAUAAUAAGGCAGAACUCUCUUCUGUUAAAGAUUCUGUUCAUGAAGUGAGAUCUUCUCUUGGUCAGGUAGAAUCUGACAUAAAAAUGCUUAGGACAGCAGUUGAUAGUUUAGUUGCUUACUCAGUGAAAAUUGAAACCAACGAGAACAAUGUGCAGACAAUGAAGGAUUCCUUAGAUGACAUAAGGAAUGACUUGGAUAGGCUGUUUGUUAAAAUGGAAAAUAUACAUGAAAUGGUUUGAGUAUUGAGCAUGUUUUAACAUUACAAAAAAAAAAAAAUGUUUUCCUAGUCCAAAGGAGUUUUGUUGUUUUGUUGUUGGGGAAGUUGGUAGAAUGGAAAAGGAGCUAUUGAUAUCUCUGGAAAAAAAAUGUUAAUCCAGUUAGGUAGAUUCUGUUAUUUCUACUAUUUUAAUUGCUAGGACAAAUUAAUUCGUUAAUCUGUAGUGCACUGGGCGAGGGUGUGGACCCAAGAAGCAAAUUAUGAUGGCCAUUGUCCUCAUCAAUUUAACAAGCAUGGGGGCUCCAUCAUACACAGAGGCUGUCCCACUCCUUUGAAAACAGACAUACUUAUGCAUUAUAUUGCAUAUGUCAAACUUUUACCAUUGAAAUAAAGCAACCCAUCAAAGAAGGUUCUAUGUAUAUGCAAACGACUGUAAUUAUAUAUAAUAUAUAUACAGUAUUCAUAUGAAAAUUAUCGUAUGGAAUAAUCACAUUUGAAAUUGGAUUCUUCCAUAUCCAUGCUUGUCAAUGUAGCCAUUCCACAACAAAACCAAAGAUGUUUUUGAUGUGUCCAGGGGCAAAAACAUUGGUAGCAUUGGACAGAACUUUGCUGUUACAAUAGUGCCUUCUCUUGGGACAGUUUACUGAUAUCAAUUGAAUUUGCAUUUAUCCUUUGUAUCCUAAUUCAUUGGUGCAAAGAUAAGAAAAUAAAAACAGUGGAAAAAAAAAGAUAAACAUGGAACAUCCCCCCCCCCAAGAAAAAAGGGCAAUAAAAAUACAAUUGUUCACUGUAUUUAACAUUUUCCUUAUGACAUAACAAGAUGCAACAGUGACAUUCAGUGUUAAGUGCCUUAUGUUCUUCCUAUUAUUGACUUGGAUGAAAUAAAAUUAGACUUCAGAUUGAUUAUCUAAAAAGUCCAAUAAAUUAAAAACUACCUUUGAAUUUGAGUAAUUCUUCAAAGAAGAAAUAUUCAUAAUGUCCAUUUUACAGAACCACUGAGUUUUACAGUAAGGUAGAUUCUUGUUUAUUUUCUUAAGAAAAUAUUUUGACGUUGAUUCUUCUGUUGAUCUAUACAUAAUUGUUGAGAAAGAUAAACAGAAGAAGACUACAAAGAAUGCUUGUAGCAUCAAGUGGUAGAGGUAACAGGUAAUCCUCAGGAAGAGAAUCAAACAAGGUAUGCAGUAGCCAUGUGUAAUAUAAGCAGCGUAUUCAGUAACUACUUCUGUAGAGAUACAAUGCCUUAAAAAUCAGAGCUAUGCCUUGUGUUAAGAUCAAGUAAUUAUUUUUUGGGAGUGCUUUUAUUGUCUUUUGUGAAUCUGGAAUGACUGUGUAGUAGGCUGUGAAAUAACUUUCUUGGUAUGUGUAAUUUGAAUAAAUACUUAUUCUGGUUGCA